AUGGCCAGACUCAACCGCGGAGUCAAAGACGACCCCUCGGACCUGAGGCUCUCUAGAUGGGAGGAUGCGGAAGACAGAGCUGGAGUCUUUGGCGAAGAUUUGGGGCAGCACAAAAUCGACUUGCUCAUGGAGUCAGCCACUACAUUCUCCGAACGAAGUGCUCUCCUCGACUCAUCACCAGAGGCCGAGAAAGACCUUCUCAGCCAGAUCAACUUGGUGACGUGA